AUGGUCCCGAACGAGAUUGAAGAAAGGAAAUAGGGCUUUUGUCCUUGCGUGAAGGAAAUGACGCGGCUAGGGUUAUGAGGUACGCGUAGAAGAAAAUUGAGAGCAAAGAUUGGAAUUUGAAUCUAGUAAGUCGGUCUGGAGCGGAGUAGAACAACGGCUUGAAUUGGGUCUGUUUUGAUUCCAAGGCAACCCAGUCUGAUUUCUGGACUCCAUUGAUGCCGUAGAGAUGUUUUCUAACAUGUUAAGGUUGGCAAUGGUAUCCUCAUCAUCAUCACUUUCAAGAUUUAUUACUUUGCCAAAAGCUACUUCCACAAUGAUGCCUCUCUUCUUCCUCCAACACUUCAAAGGAUUUAGAGAUUCAAAUGACUCCAGAGGAUUUGAUGCUGCCAAAGUCAAUACCAAAGGUACCUCAGACGAUGAUUAUUUCGCGGUGAUCCACCACAUAUCAAACAUUGUCCGGAGAGAUGUCUACAUGGAGAGGACCCUCAACAAAAUGCACAUAACUCCCAUGAUUAAUUCAGACCUGGUCUAUCGAGUUCUCCGCAGUUGUUGCCGUUCUGGCAUAGAGUCAUUUCGCUUCUUCAAUUGGGCACGCGAUCACCCUUCGUACGAGUCCACCACUGUUGAAUUCGAGGAGCUACUGAAAACCCUAGCCAGCACCCGCCAUUGGGAGACAAUGUGGAAGGUAGCUGAACAGAUGAAGAAGAAGAACCUCCCAAUAUCCCCAUCCAUCCUCUCUUUCAUCAUUGAACAGUAUGGAAAGAACCGUCAAAUUGACGAAGCAGUCGAGCUCUUCAACAAGUCGAAAUACUUCAAUUGCUUACAAACAACAGAAGUGUACAACUCUCUUCUUUACGCCCUUUGCGAGGUUAAGAAUUUUCAGGGCGCUUAUACGUUGAUCCGAAGGAUGGCUCGAAAGGGAGGAAUGCCAGACAAGAAAACCUAUUUAAUACUCGUUAGCGGUUGGUGCUCAGCAGGGAAGAUGAGAGAGGCACAGGAAUUCCUUGAAGAGAUGAGCAGAAAUGGAUUCAACCCCCCUGUUCGCGGACGAGAUCUUCUUAUAGAUGGACUUUUGAAUGCAGGUUAUCUAGAAACUGCUAAAGAGUUGGUGAGGAAGAUGACAAAGGAAGGAUACGUCCCUGACGUUCAAACAUUCAAUUCUUUAGCAGAAGCUAUCUGUAAGACAGGAGAAGUUGAUUUCUGCAUCAAUUUAUACAACAGCGUGUGUAAAUUAGGGCUUUGUCCUGACAUAGAAACUUACAAGAUCAUGAUAACUAAUGCAUCAAAAGCUGGUAUGGUAGUUGAAGCAUUUUCAAUCCUCCACAGAUCAAUUGAAGAUGGGAACCGUCCGUUUCCAAGUUUAUACGCUCCAAUUCUGAAGGCUCUCUGUAAGAGAGGACAAUUUGACGACGCCUCAAGUUUUUUCAGCGAUAUGAAGGUGAAGGGUCAUCCUCCUAAUCGGCCAGUUUACACGAUGUUAAUAAAAAUCUGUAGCCGUGGAGGCAGGUAUGUUGAGGCUGCAAAUUAUCUAAUAGAAAUGACUGAGUUAAACUUGUUGCCAUUGUCAAGAACAUUUGACAUGAUUACUGAUGGACUAAAAAACUGCGGUAGACACGAUUUGGCCAACAGGAUAGAGCAACUCGAGAUAUCCCUUCGUGGCAUUUGAAAGUAAAUAUAUGUUUCAAGUAAUGGGAUAUCUGGAUCUGUUUCUGAAUGUAAAUUCAGAUACAAUUGAUAUCAAACUUAGGACACCUAUUAGGCGUAUCUGGAUAUGAGUUGCACUAAGUUCAGCCUGUUUGUAAAUGAAAUCUCCUUCAGAUCCACUUGAUGAGAAAACCAAAUGAAAUGAUGUGUUUUCAAACAAAGAAAAUAACUGUGGAAAGAUGCCUCCACAUAUGGAACAUAGAAGGCAAUACAUCAAGGUGAUGCAAGAUCUGAACCGGAAAUUUUUAUCAGGAAGGUAACUAGAGUUUUGGUUAUCAUAAUAUUGAUGAUUUUUAGAAAAUAAGUUAGGCUUCAUAUUUUUUUGGAUGCAGAAGAUAGCAAUUGGUUUACUAACUAUAAACUAGGCAAAAUUACACUUCCAGAAAUUCUAAGGAUUUCUAAAACCUCCUUAUAAUGAUCUGUCAAUAUUAAAUGUCAAGGCCAGUACUAAUCAGAAGAGUGUAUUAUGAUCAAGACAAUUGCACAAAAAUGGGGCAUUUUAAAAUGAAAGCUGAGAUACCAACAGAUUCAUAUACCUGAGACAAUGUUAGAAUAAACUUUUAAUUGAAAGAUGUCGUGCAUAAUUUGUAUAUAAAUUAUUUAAAUUUGAUUAUAUACAAUGUUUGCGUUUAUUCUG